UUGCCUCUUGACCAGCCUAUGGAUAUGCAUGAAUAUAUUAUUGCUGAUAAUGAUCUUAUUACUACUGAGAUUCUAACUGAUGAGGAAAUCAUUGAAGCCGUAAAGAAUCAGGACUGUAUUGAACCAGAAGAUGAAGUUGAAGAUUCUCUUAUUCAUGAUUUAGGAAAACUUAAAAAAGAAGUACAUUUAAAAAAUAUUGCUUCAAAAAAACAGGCCACUUUAGAUUCAUUUAUUCAGAUAUA